AGCAGUCUUACCCUCAUGUGUCAGAGACUGAGACAGUGAAUUGAGUGUGUUUGUUCCUGAUUGCUCAGACCUGUGCCUGUGUGGAUUUUUAUUUUUGUUCAACAGAACUGAAGACAGCAACUGUAAACGAAGAAGGUCCUAAAGGAAUAGUGAUCAAGAUGUUGAUAACCAUGCUAACAGCUAUGUACAUGGUGGUCAAAGUGGUAGAAACGAUAGGGGCGCGAUUUACGCGGGAACAGGAUCCUUUGCCUUAUGUGGUGUCUCAGCCUUUGCCUUGGCAGGUUCACUCAGUGUCUCUCAGCCGGAGGAGCAGCAAAGCAGAUGAGUAUGAUGGCCUCAGGAGAAACAGCAUAGGCGUGUAUAGAAAGAUCAUUGCUACAGAGUUUCUCUACAUGGCUAUUUCCUCUACUUCCCUGGCUAUUCCCUGUGUCCUGUCGUGUUCAGACUCCAAUGCCAGUAACGGGACAUGCACAGUGCCUGCUGUUCCUCCGCUCAGCCCUGUUGAAGUUGAGAAGGCCGCCUCGACCAUCCAGAACCAUUUCAGGAAAUUCCAGCAGAAGAAACACAAGAACGGCAAGUAGAUGGACAGACCAGGAGAGUCUUACUACUCCAGCAAGUCUGAGAGACAAUAGCAAGCAAGCUGUGAUUUCAUGUGAUUUCAUCAAAGGCUAGAUGAACGCUGUGAUGUCAUGAUUAAAUUCAUAUGAACACUUAUAUUCAAAUAUACAUAUUUAAACUUAGUAGAGGCCCCAAGAUUAGUAAUCCAGAUUAACAUACAGCAUCCUACAUCUCAAACAAUGCUUAUAAAACCACAUUUUAAUUUCUAUGUGAACAAUAAAUGUGAAUAUUCUAUAAUUCUGAAUGAACAGAUUUCCUGUGCUGUGAUGAUUGAUGUGAUUUUAAGAGUGCGUGAGUGAGUUGUUAUUCUCUAAUUUAUAUAUGACUGUUGUUUCCUGUAUAUAAAUGUGUGGAAAAACACUGAUGUCUCUUAAGAAAAAACCCCCCAGUCCAUUUCAAUAAACUCAUCAUCAGAUUA